AUGAACGGCGGAGGUAGACGCCAGAGGCGGCGGAAAUCCAUGGCCGGCUGCAGGGGCGCCGCGGAACCGGAGAAAACCGACGAUAAUUGCGAUUCCCCCAAUUUGGACUCCGAAAUUACGGGAAAGCCCUCGGGUUUUCCAGAUAUUACGAAACUACCCCCGAAGUCAGAAGCUGAGCUUGACUUGUACACUCAAGCUCGUAAGGCGCUCGCCCUUCGUUCCCCAUUCGAUUCUGAAGACUCGCAAGCUACGCCGGCGUGUGUAUCGGCUGUGAGUUCUCGGCCAGGUGGGGUGUCUCAUUUGUUGGGUCGGCAUUCGGAUAGUCGCAAACGGCACAAGAAGUUGCAUUUGGGCUCGGAAAAGAAGUCUUCAGCUACUGGUAAGGCUCGUGGGAGCAACAUUUGGGUUGAAACGGAGGAGUAUUUUCGAGAAUUAGCCAUCGAGGAUGUUGAGAGGCUGGAUGGGUUUUCAUGUUCUGGAUUUUCCAGCGACGACAAGUGUUUCUCGAUUCCAUACCUUGUUAGUGAUGAUAAUCAGCAUGUGUAUUUUGACACCUGUAAUAGGAUGCUCAUGAAUGCUUCAGACAAGGAUAGUGUGGACUUGGAAAAAUGUGUUGAGUUGAAAAGUAAUGGUAACCUCAAGAUUGAUGAAAGGACUGCAGAAAAAGCAAACAUGGCUGCUUCUAUUGAUGUUGGUGGAGAUGAGGUCGCUACAGACGAGUUUCAGAUGAAAGAAGAUAGUAAUGAAGGGAAGAGAGUGAACAGUGAGACUGAUUCUACUUCUUUUAAUGGUGUAGAAUGGCUUUUAGGAUCUAGAAGUAAAGUUUAUUUGGCAUCAGAAAGGCCCUCGAAGAAGCGGAAGCUUUUGGGGAAGGAUGCAGGGUUGGAGAAACUCCUCGUGGCACAUCCUGUCGAAGGUUUAGAGUCUGUCUGUCAUUAUUGUAGUAAUGGGGACAUGGGCGACACUUUAAAUUUGUUGAUUAAGUGUAGUUCUUGUGGGAUGGUAGUCCAUCAAAGGUGCUAUGGAGUACAAGGUGAUGUGGAUAGCUCCUGGCUGUGUUCCUGGUGUAAAUGGAAAAACGUUGUAGAGUUAAGUAAAGCGACACCAUGUAUGCUUUGUCCUAAGCAAGGUGGUGCACUGAAGCCUGUGCAGAAGAGGGGGUUUGGGAGUGAAUAUGGUAGGUCUAUGGUGGAGUUUGCUCAUUUGUUCUGCUGCCUGUGGAUACCUGAGGUUUAUUUGGAGAACACUAGGGAUAUGGAACCAAUCAUGAAUGUGGAUGGGUUGAAGGAGACGAGACGAAAAUUGAUCUGUCAUCUGUGCAAGGUUAAACACGGUGCCUGUAUCAGGUGCACUUACGGAUCUUGUAGAAUGUCAUUCCAUCCUAUUUGUGCAAGGGAGGCAAGGCACAGAAUGGAGAUAUGGGGACAACUUGGAUAUGAUGAGGUUGAACUGCGCGCUUAUUGCACAAAACAUUCCGAAGUCCAAUGCGAUAGUGGCACUCAAAAUGCUGAAGAUGUUUCAUUGACAGCUGAUCUGGAUGUUAAGAAGCUUAAUGAUAUCGUAUUGGAUGGUGAGGACUUGCUUUAUUCGGGCUCUCAUCCAGAAUAUGGAGAUCCAAUGCAUCCGGAUGGUAGAAAUGGCAAUGAAGAUGUAAAUACUUGUGGCGUUUUCAGUUUCCCUAUGAUGCUGAAGAAGUUGAUUGAUCUAGGGAAAGUCAGUUCUGAAGGUGUUGCCUCAGAGAUUGGCGUUUCACUGGAUUCAUUAGACAAUAUACUAACUGAUAAUCAAAUUGUACCAGAGUUACAGUGUAAACUACUUAGAUGGCUGAAAAACCAUGUUCAAAUCGGCAACAUACAGAAAACAAUGAAAGCGAAGGUUAGAUCACUUGUAGCCCCCAAUGAUGUGGCAGUUGUAGCUGAAGGUGGCGAUGCUGUUCCAGUAGAGUUCAAUAUUUCUGAUUCCGUUCCAGUCAAAUCUGUUCCACCACGCAGAAGAACCAAAAGCAGUAUAAGGACUGUCAAAGAUGAAACAAAUGAGGGUUAUGUUGAUUCGUGUGUUCAUGUCGGAGAAGAUUCAAACGAUCCAUCUGGAGAGUCUUUGUCUGAUGGUACCAAGAAGAUUUUGGUUGACUAUGAGCAGCAUCAGGAUGAUUCAGUGGAAAAUUCUAUCGAAAUUGAAGACGAGCUGAGAGCUCUAGUGCAGUUUCUUUCUGAAGAUGGUUUGCAUGAAGAACGUACACAAUCACAACAGAUGACUUCGUUUUCACCUGUGUUGAUAAAUGGGGAAAGUAGUCAUACCUCGUACAUACAUCCAUUUAUCUACAGUAAAUUGAUGCAAACCAAGAAAGAAGUGCUUGAGAGAGCUGCAUCUUGUCAGACUGCGGUUCUGAGAGAGCGGGAAGCUUCCCAGUUAGGGGCAUCUUCUAGUUCAGGCCUCUGUUGUAAUAACGAUAACCUGCAAAGGACUUCUAGUCACCGGACCUCUAAAUGCAGUGGAGUAGAUCUCGAUCAAUUGGUUGAUGCAAGAAAUAUGGGAAUACUCAAACUAUCUCCUGCAGAUGAAGUCGAAGGAGAACUCCUAUACUAUCAGCAUCGAAUCAUUUCCAAUGCUGUUUUGCGGAAACGUAUUAGUGAUGAUUUGAUCUCGAGGGUUGUUAGUAGCCUCCCACAGGAGAUGGAUGCUGCUGGAGAACGAAAAUGGGAUGCUUUACUAGUUAGCCAGUACCAUCAUGAACUUAAGGAAGCAAGAAAGCAAGGCAGAAAAGAGCGACGCCAUAAGGAAGCUCAAGCUGUAUUGGCUGCUGCUACUGCCGCUGCUGCUGCGUCCUCUAGGUUGUCAUCAGUUAGGAAAGAUAGCCCAGAAGAUUCUUCACAGCAAGAGGAUUUUAUGAAGAUGAAUUUAUCAGACGUGAGGAACGGGGCACACUCUCAUCUUAAUUCUAGAGUGAAAGAGACUGUUACCAGGCUGGCUGUUGCAAGGUCACUUGACAAGAAUGGUGAUUCAGGCCAUUUAGCUUCUUCAGACAAUCCAAAAGAUCGUCCUAAGACAUGUGAUGUCUGCAGACGACGCGAGACGGUUCUGAAUCCGGUUUUAGUCUGUUCAAGUUGCAAGGUUGCAGUUCACUUGGACUGCUAUCGUAGUGUUAAAAGCACUCCAGGACCCUGGCAUUGCGAAUUGUGUGAUGACCAAUUUUCUUCUCGAGGUUCUGGAGCACCGGAUACAAACUCUUGGGAGAAGCUUCACUCUGUUGCAAAAUGUAGUUUGUGUGGUGGCACAACAGGGGCUUUUAGGAAGUCAGUCGAUGGUCAAUGGAUACACGCCUUAUGUGCUGAAUGGGUGUUAGAGUCAACGUAUAGAAGGGGGCAAGUAAAUCCUAUUGUGGUAUCGGAUACUGUCUCCAAAGGAGUUAAUGUUUGCAAUGUAUGCCAUCAUAAACAUGGUGUCUGCCUCAAGUGUAGCUAUGGUCAUUGUCAGGCUUCAUUUCACCCUACUUGUGCUAGAAGUGCUGGUUUCUUCAUGACUUUGAGGACCAAUGGUGGCAAGUUGCAACAUAAGGCUUACUGUGGAAAGCAUAGUGCAGAUCAAAGGGCAAAGGCCGACACUCAGAAACAUGGGAUUGAGGAGUUUAAGUCUCUGAAGCAAGUCAGGGUUGAAUUGGAGAGACUGCGUCUUUUAUGCGAAAGGAUUAACAAAAGGGAGAAAUUGAAACGUGAGUUGGUCAUUUGCUCGCACGAUAUCCUUGCUUCAAACCGGGACACUGUUCUCUCUGCCUUGGCGCGUCACCCGUUUUACCAACCCGAAGUAAGUUCUGAAUCUGCCACGACCUCUAUUAAAGGUCAUACUGAUGGCUGUAAAUCGGGCAGUGAGUUGGUGCAGAGAUCGGAUGAUGUGACGGUUGAUAGCAGCACGGUUGCUGGCAAAAGACGUGUUAAAAUUCCAGUGCCGGUGGACAAUGAUCGGAAAAUGGACGACAGCUCAACAUCCCCAAAACUUUACAUGCUAAAACCCGUGGAGAGGGUAACAUUUUCCGGGAAGCAAAUCCCCAAACGACUUUCAGCCCCAUCACGGAACCCCUUGAACGAUGCUGACAAACGAACAAAACAUAGAAAGCACCUGGAAACCUUUGAUAAGGAGCUUUCAAUGACAUCCGACCAAGCAUCCAUGAAAAAUCAACGACUCCCUAAGGGAUUCGUUUAUGUUCCGAUCCGGUGCAUAUCAAAGGACAAAUCUUGA